AGGGCGCGCUUCCGGGAGUGGCUGUGUCUUGACCAUGCUGUCCGAGCUCGGUUUCAUCGGGACUAUAGGCGAGGAUGACGAGGUGCCGCUGGAGCCCGAGUCCGACUCGGGAGACGAGGAAGAAGAGGGGCCCAUCGUGCUGGGCAGAAAGCGGAAAGCCUUGCAGAAGAGCCGCAGCGCCGAUUUCAACCCUGACUUCGUUUUCACCGAGAAGGGUGGCGCCUACGACGGCAGCUGGGCUCUGGCGGAUGUCAUGAGCCAGCUCAAGAAGAAGAGGGCAGCCACUACGUUAGAUGAGAAGAUUGAGAAAGUUCGAAAGAAGCGGAAGCUGGAGGAUAAAGAAGCCAAAUCUGGGAAGGUGGAAAAGGAGAAAGAAUCCCAGGAGGGUUCUGAGCCUGAGCCAGGGGACCAGGAAGAUCCUGCGGAAAAAGAUGAAGAAGGAGAGGAAGAGGAAGAGUCAGAAACUGACUACUCUUCAGCUGAGGAGAACAUCCUCACCAAAGCAGAUACUCUGAAGGUGAAGGAGAAGAAGAGGAAGAAGAAAGGACAGGAAGCGGGUGGAUUUUUUGAAGAUGCGUCUCAGUACGACGAAAGCCUCUCCUUCCAGGACAUGAACCUGUCCCGCCCUCUUCUGAAGGCCAUCUCCACCAUGGGCUUCAAGCAACCCACCCCCAUCCAGAAGGCCUGCAUCCCUGUGGGCCUGCUGGGAAAGGACAUCUGUGCCUGCGCGGCCACGGGGACAGGAAAAACGGCUGCUUUCGCCCUGCCCGUGUUGGAGCGGCUGAUCUACAAGCCCCGCCAGGCGCCUGUCACCCGUGUGCUGGUGCUGGUUCCCACCCGUGAGCUGGGCAUCCAGGUGCACUCGGUCACCAAGCAGCUGGCACAGUUCUGCAACAUCACUACCUGCCUGGCUGUGGGUGGCCUGGACGUGAAGUCGCAGGAAGCAGCUCUUCGGGCAGCCCCUGACAUCCUCAUUGCCACCCCAGGGCGGCUCAUCGAUCACCUGCACAACUGCCCCUCCUUCCACCUGGACAGCGUCGAGGUGCUCAUCCUAGAUGAGGCUGACAGGUGCGCCACUGUGGCGGGGCCGUGGCCCCUGGCCUGUGUGCUGGGCUGCGUGCUGCUCCCGACGGCCGUCGCUUCUGCUUCUGCCCCCAGGAUGCUGGACGAGUACUUCGAGGAGCAGAUGAAGGAGAUCAUCCGCAUGUGCUCCCAGCACCGCCAGACCAUGCUCUUCUCGGCCACCAUGACUGACGAGGUGAAAGACCUGGCUUCUGUCUCCCUGAAGAACCCCGUGCGGAUAUUUGUAAACAGCAACACGGACGUGGCCCCCUUCCUGCGGCAGGAGUUCAUCCGCAUUCGGCCUAACCGGGAAGGGGAUCGGGAAGCCAUCGUGGCAGCCCUGUUGACGAGAACCUUCACCGACCAUGUGAUGCUGUUCACCCAGACCAAGAAGCAGGCCCACCGCAUGCACAUCCUCCUGGGCCUCAUGGGGCUGCAAGUGGGCGAGCUGCACGGCAACCUGUCUCAGACACAGCGACUCGAGGCCCUUCGACGCUUCAAGGAUGAACAGAUUGACAUCCUCGUGGCCACAGAUGUGGCAGCCCGUGGACUGGACAUCGAAGGGAUCAAAACGGUAAUCAACUUCACCAUGCCCAACACCAUCAAACAUUAUGUCCACCGGGUGGGGCGGACAGCACGUGCCGGCCGGGCAGGACGCUCAGUGUCCCUGGUGGGAGAAGAGGAACGGAAGAUGCUGAAGGAGAUCGUGAAGGCUGCCAAGGCUCCUGUGAAGGCCCGCAUCCUCCCCCAAGAGGUGAUCCUUAAAUUUCGGGACAAGAUCGAGGCAAUGGAGAAAGAUGUGUAUGCAGUCCUGCAGCUGGAGGCAGAAGAGAAGGAGAUGCAGCAAUCAGAAGCCCAGAUCAACACAGCCAAAAAGCUCCUGGAGAAGGACAAGGAGGCACCGGGCCAAGAGCCGGAGAGAAGCUGGUUCCAGACCAGAGAAGAGAGGAAGAAGGAAAAAGUUGCCAAGGCUCUGCAAGAAUUUGACUUGGCCUUAAGAGGAAAGAAGAAGAGGAAGAAGUUUAUGAAGGAUGCCAAGAAGAAGGGGGAGAUGACAGCAGAAGAACGGUCCCAGUUUGAAAUUCUGAAGGCACAGAUGUUUGCUGAGCGCCUGGCCAAGAGGAAUCGCAGGACCAAGCGGGCCCGGGCCAUGCCUGAAGAGGAGCCCAUGAGAGGCCCUGCCAAGAAGCAGAAGCAGAAGAAGACAUCUGUGUUUGAUGAGGAGCUCACCAACACCAGUAGGAAGGCCCUGAAGCAGUACCGAGCCGGCCCUUCCUUUGAAGAAAGGAAACAGUUGGGCCUGGCCCAUCAGAGAAGAGGAGGGACCUUUAAGUCUAAAUCCAGGUAUAAGAGAAGGAAAUAACCAUGGCGGAUUGAAGAACCUUGUUGGGCAGCCCUUAAGUCCCUUCCCUGUGGGAAGUCUCUGUCUUGAGCUGUGUUCCCCAGUGUCUUUGGGGCCAGUGUUGUGGCAUAGCAGGCUAAGCCAGUAUCCCAUAUGGGCACCGGUUUGCAUCCUGGCUGCUCUACUUCCAAUUCAGGUCUAUUAAUGCACCUAACAAAACAGCAAGAGAUAGCCCACAUGGUUGGGCCCUGGUUUCCAUAUGGGAGACCUGGAAGAAGCUCUUGGCUGUGGCCUGGCCAAGACUCAGCUGUUGCAGCCAUUUGGGCAGUAAACCAAGAGGCUAUGGAUUUUUUUUCAAAUAAAUAAAUAAAUACAAGUCUUC